AUGGGCCUAGAUAGAAAUACAAGGACGCCGUGCGGAUUCUGCUUCGUUGAGUACUACACCCAUGCAGAAGCGCUUGCAAGCAUGCGCUACGUCAGUGGUACCAAACUCGACGAACGAAUCAUCCGGUGCGACUUGGAUCUCGGGUACAAGGAAGGACGACAGUUCGGACGCGGCAAGAGUGGUGGACAGGUAAGAGACGAACACAGGCAGGACUACGAUCCUGGCCGCGGUGGAUGGGGUGCACAGGCACAGAGAUUGGAGAUUGAACGACGAAGAGAAGUUGAGGAGCGGUAUGCCGAUGCGCAGGAUGGCCCUGGUGCAGUGGCUAGUGGAGGAGGCGACUGGAAGCAGGCGGAGGCACCUCCAGAAGAAAACAAACUCAAACGAGGGCGUUCCCCCGAAGACGACGGCGACGCGAUGCGUGAUAUGACGUGCGGUUUUCCUGGUAGUCGCGACAUGUGCAGUUCGUCUACAACCCGUAUGGCUUCCUCUUCCGAGUCAAGGAUGACCAUGAACCGCGAAUACAGGGAGUACGCUCCAGAAGGUCUAAAGCAAGUCAUUCAGCACCCAAAAAUUGAGGGCUAA